UUUUAGAACAGAUAAAAAAGGAAAGCAAGACCGGACAGAGGAGUGCUAUAAAAAGGAGUAGGCAUCUGUGUAUUACUAUUUUUCUCUUCUUCACCAAACAGCCACUUCCGUUCAUAACUGAAGCUGAAAAAUGCCUAGAGUUAAGACAAAUCGUAUAAAACACCCCGAGGGUUGGGAGCUGAUUGAGCCUACCUUAGUUGAACUGGAUGCUAAAAUGAGAGAAGCUGGCAAUGACUCAAAUGAUGGUAAAAGAAAGUGUGAAGCACUCUGGCCCAUAUUCAAGAUCGCACAUCAGAGGAGCAGAUAUGUAUAUGACCUUUACUAUGUAAGGAAAGAAAUAUCUAAAGAGCUGUACGAGUUCUGUUUGGAGCAAGGUCAUGCAGAUCGCAACCUGAUUGCAAAGUGGAAAAAGCCUGGAUACGAGCGUCUCUGCUGCUUGCACUGCAUACAGCCCCGGGAUCACAACUUUGCAACUACUUGUGCGUGUCGUGUUCCCAAGCACCUUAGGGAAGCUGCUGUGAUAGAGUGUGUCCAUUGUGGAUGUCAAGGUUGUGCCAGUGGCGACUAAUUGAUUCACCAUAGCUGUAUGUUAUGAGAUCAGAUAUAUCUUGAGACUUUGGCUUUUUCUUUCUUUCUAUGUUUUCAAAGAAUUAGAAACCUUUGUCUGUAACUGGCUAGUUGAUAUACUUGACUUGCUUCAUUGGAAAUGCUCUCAUGUAUCCUGUAGAUUGGCUAACUAUCAAACUAUGUUUGGCCAAAGCUUUUGGAAGCUAAAAAUGCUUAUUUUAGAGA